CCUGCUGGUCGGGCUCUAGGGUCUGGCGAGGGCUCCGCGGCCCGACCGCGGUCGGGCGAAGCCGGGCGGCGGGUCUGCUGCUGGCUGAUUGCACCGGACUGCAGGCCACGACAUGGACUGUCCUGUGCAGCCCGAAUUCCAGCCUCGUUGAGCCAGGCACACCAAGAGCUUUCCACCAAAGAAGCCCCUCCAAGCACUGACCAUGUCUAUUAUGGACCACAGCCCCACGACUGGGGUGGUCACAGUCAUUGUCAUCCUCAUCGCCAUAGCUGCCCUGGGGGCCUUGAUCCUGGGCUGCUGGUGCUACCUGCGGCUGCAGCGCAUCAGUCAGUCAGAGGAUGAGGAGAGCAUCGUGGGUGAUGGCGAGACAAAGGAGCCCUUUCUACUGGUGCAGUACUCUGCCAAGGGGCCGUGUGUGGAAAGAAAGGCCAAGUUGAUGACCGCCAACAGCCCCGAAGUGCAUGGCUGAGCUGAGCUGCGAAGGCCUCGGUUCUGUUUGCAGCCAGCCCAGAAGCACUGAGAGGGCAGAAGCAGACAUGUUGCUAUGUGAGAGGGGUUGACACUUGCUGGCAUGGUCUCCUCGGGCUUCGUUAUCGCAUGCACUGACUCCAGGUCCCAGCUCUUCCCCCUCAGCCUCCUGGUGGGCUGUCCAUUGCAGGCAGUGGGCAGGCCUGGCCUUGCUGGGGCUCCCAGCCCCUUAGCGCUUUUGUUACUUGAAUGUUUUAGCUGAGCCUGUUUUUGAUGGAGCUACUACUGUAAUGCGUGAACUAACCAACCUGUGAACUGUAAAUAGGCCCAGAAGCACGUGCUUAAGCCUUUUUGCUGAGUUUUAAAAAAUACCAGAUGGAGCCCGUGGACUGGCUUGAUAACGACUGUACUCACCGUGGGCUGAGGUAUGACCAUGGAGGAUCUUCGACUGGUCAGGCCCCAGUUGCCCUUGGCAGGGUGCACUGUGGUCUUAUCUAUGUGCAUGGAAAGGAGGUGAAAGGUUAACAUGCUGGGGUGCUGGGGUAAUGGAGGAAACCAUACCCCUCCCUUUCUUUAGCUUCAGCUUUGUUAAAUAGCAGUGUGUGUAGAUGGCAGAGUUACUGCAAGGAAGCUGUUGUACGUGCUUGGAGGCCUGUGAAGGAUGAGACCUCGUGAGUCCUGAGGGUCACCAGGCCGCGCAGCAGAGCAGCCUCUUGCCGUUUGGUUCUGAGCAUGGCCACUGCUCCCCUUCAGCACAGGCUUUGCAGAAACUGCUCUGGUCCUCUGCAAACACCAGAACCUGUGCUGGCUACUUGAAGUCUGAAACCCAGUUGGCCCAAGGAGGCAAGGUUUUGUUUUUGUAUUUACUAUUUUCUGCACUGGAAUGGGGGCUGGGGGUAGGGGUGGCUUUCCCCCUACCUUUUCACAAGUGAGCUUCCUUUCUUCUCCAGUGGGUAUUGGGUUUCACUCUGAUCCUUGGGGCUUUGUAGUCAGAGUUCCCUGACCCAGCUUUCAAGGCACUAUGUGCCAUAGAAGGUCAUUUCUAGUGUGCAUAUAAGCAUUUACAACAGUCACCAGGAUAUUUCUUAUGUCUGUAAGCUUGCUCAGAUGUUAAUCCCAUCACCAUAAUAAGCAUUCUAAACCAUUAUGAUUAAAGCUGACUCUGCUGGCACCCUUGGUGAUGAAUAGGAGGCCAGCUAGCCCUGGCAGCAGAGAGCUUCAGGCUAGUCUGCAGACAGCUUUGAAAAGCAUGUGAAACUAACCCAUUUCUUAGAACCAAAGGGAGGAGCUGUAGGGAAGGAAUACUUCUUUUUAGCAGUGUAUACCAUUAUGGGGUUGGGGGAGGCAGAUGUUAAGAAACAGUCUGAGGUUAUACAGAGGUAGUCAAGGAUGGACUAGCCAUGGGCAGAGGCCGCUGAGGCUGACUUGGAUGUGUGUUAGACCUGGGAGCAGUGACUCAGUAGGUCUAGGAGGGGAACAGAAGGUAUCAAAGGACCUGCCUGGAGUUGGCUGAGGCUGAGGGGUUUGACCCAUUCAUUCCUACCCUACAUCCACCUUUCUACCUCUGUGUCUUGCAGCCAGCAGCCUAAAAAUACCGCUGACCCUUUUCUCCGCCAUCCAUGGAUCCAAGGCCAGCUUGGAUCCACACCCAAAUCUGAGCUGGUUCAUCACUGCACUGUCAGAUGUAGGCCGCAGCUCGUACUAUGCUGAUGAAGUUAGUUUUUCAAACAGACAUCAAUCGCAUUCUUUAUCAGUUACACUUUGGGGGAGCUUCCUAUCACCUCGUUGCCAGGGGGGGUCUUUCAAGUUUGAGUCAGUCCAUCCAGAGGGAGUCCAUCAGCACUGGGGGCACUGGUGGGGUCAUAGGGCGGAGAACGAACACCUACAGAACUACCGAACAACCAUGCAGGUCUUCCUUGUCCUGGGUUUCCAUUGGCUACCUUUGUAAGUGUGCACCAGAGCCAUACACUGCAAUGGUUAAUGCUAUGACUUCUCUUCAGAUUCUUUCCCAAUAGUGUAAAACUGUUGUGGUCAGGUCUUCUGAUGAGUAAGAAGCUAGCCUUUCACCUGGGAGCUCGCAGGAACUCGGAGGCUAAGCCACUGAAACAAGGACUGACUUUCCUAGACAUAUGUUCGAAUGGACUGUGCUACUGUUGUGUCUCAAAGCUGGCAGUUUGUGCAAUAAGUGGAAGGGAUGCCAUUCCUGAUCAAUAAAUGCUGAAUGACAUUCAAGUUCAUUUUGUAGACCACUGAGAAAAAUCUUUAUUUACAAUAAAUUUCAAUAAAAUUUGCAUAACUAUA